AUGGUUUCAUCCGAAUUCAUAGUGGAAUUCCAUAAGACCUGGGACACAGCAAUCGUCCAGGGAUGCUAUCACUGUGCAGGGGGAGCCCUCGCCAAAGUAAGAUGCACCUCAGCUACAGAAAUUUUUGGCGAGGUAUUGUGUACUGAACAUGCGUUCGUAAUCCCGUGCGCGCCACACGGUCCAGAGUCAGAACUGCGCUUCCACCUUGACUCUGCCAGACAAAUUCUGAACUGCACGAUAUCCUGUGGACGUUUUGAGAACGGGUUCUUAAUUACUGGAGUACUGAAAUAUGUGAACACGUUCCACUACCCGGGUAUGGCAACACUGGAUGUAAACAACACCGUUUUCAACGAGUUCCAGUGGCCCGAUUUUGGCCACAUCAUCGAUACCAUCCUUACGUGGUACAAGACCUUGCUCAUUGCAGUGGUAGCGGUCGCACUGGCAGUUGCACUGACUUACUUAUAUGUGAGCACAUGCGAUAUGGAAGACAUCCGACGAGAUCUGAAUGAAGUAAGGGAAGCAGUACAGGCAAUGCACAAUGCAAUUGACGAAUUGAGUGCACUCGUGAGACAGAAUCCCGAGCAACGACAGGCUGGAGAAGCCCCUGCACAGCAAGAAGAGCGCCAAAUCAUCGCUGAGAAUGCACCAUUCAUGGAAGAGGUAGAGGAUGCCGGUGACGAUGUCGGCGACGAAACUAGCGAUGACGAUAGCGAUGACUCCGAUAGCAGCGAUUCCAAUGACGGCAACAAUGACGAGCAGCAAGCACAACCUGAGGACCCCCGCAACAUUGAGGAGCCGAGGGCUAACCAGAGAAACGCACGGGCGGAAGACCGUCAACCUGUGAACCAAGCGCACAAUGUGCGCACUAGGCGGCAAGUUCUGUUGGAACUCCGCCGACUGCGGCGACAGCAGGUUGUCUCUUCGUACACCAUCCAGGAUUUGAUGAGGCAGCCCUUUUGUCAGAGGCGUUUGGUCGAGCGAGGAGUCAUUACCAGACAACGUGAUAGACACAUGAGAUGCGCCUUUUGUGAUGCAGUCGGAGAACACUACUCAGAUUCCUGUCCAAUCGUGCGAACAUCUCCAGAAAGGCGUAUGCUGCUACUACGUGAGGGGAAA